GUACGAACAACGCGUCCACGGUCCUGGCAUCACCAUUUCCACCACCGCGACUGCGUCCAUCGCGCACCCACUAGAUCGACAGCCUCAAUCAAGACCACUUCUUCGAUUAUACACCCUCACUUAUUUCCGGCGACGAGAUAUAAAGCCAUCUCCGACGAGGAUUAGAAAGCAGCGCCAUUCACGCACCAAUUCUCGGACGACUCCCCUCACUGUUACCCAAUCACGCAGCUACACUCCCUCUAUGAUCCGGACAUGCUAGUGGCUCUGCGUGGACUCUGCGAUAGACAUGAGACGUGACCUGGGCGCUAUCAACUACCGACCAGGUGCUUCUUGCGCCCUUAUCGGACUCACAAUCAUCCUCCAUCUGCCUCGUUGAGGUAGCUUGGCCCAAUUCGACAUUCUCCCCUCGAUUUCAGCAUGGAUAAUGAAGCCGUGUUCACGGCAGACGCCGACGCCGAGGCUGGUGUGCGCAUUGGCGCACCAAGUCGGGCCUCGAGUCGGUACCGAGAUGACGAUAGGGUAGACAAAGGUGGCAUAACUAAUUUGGAGCAAUAUGAUAGCACUGAGGAGAGUCCGUUACUUGGAGAUGGGUCGUCGAGUCACUACGGCAGCGUCUCAACCUUUGGCGAUGGAGAGCAUGCUGUCCCUGCAUGGCAGGGCAUGAGAGAUUUCAACGGCUUGCCGUGGUGGAAGAAGCCUUCGGUUUACUGGCUCUUGCCACCCUUCCUUCUCUUCACACUCGCUUUCGGUGGCAUCAUUGUGCCAAAACUCAACCUUAUUCUAACCCUGAUAUGUCGCGAGUACAUGGCCGAAGCCUCAAGGACAGACCCCCAGUUCUCUCUACUGCCAGUUGUGUUUGGUGACGACAAUCCCCAAUGCAGAAUACCAGAAGUCCAGAAGCGCGUUGCGCAAUUCACACUGUACGGGAGUCUGAUCUCUGGCUUGCUAUCAGCAAUCACGAGUCCAUACCUAGGAGCUCUGUCCGAUCGACACGGUCGCAAGCCAAUCCUCAUAUUGACGACGUUGGGCAUGCUCGUAGGAGAGGUCGUCACUAUCUUCACGGCCACAUUCCCGGAUACUAUCAGCGUCAAUUGGAUUCUCCUGGGGAUGGCCAUGGACGGCCUCACGGGUUCCUUCAUUGUCGGCAUGGCUGUGGCCCACUCUUAUGCCACUGACUGCACUGCUCCUCAAUUAAGGAACGUUGCAUUCGGAUACUUCCAUGGCUGCCUCUUCACUGGCAUUGCCCUAGGACCUAUCAUUUCCGGAUAUAUAAUCAAAGGCACCGGGUCCGUUUUGUCCGCGUUCUAUAUUGCGCUCGGAUGCCAUGCCGCCUUCAUUCUUUUCCUCUUAAUUUUCAUUCCAGAAUCUCUUUCUAAAGCUCGGCAAACUGUUGCACAAGAGAAACAUAGGAUCGAGGUAGAAAGAUUAGGACCCGCUGCAGACUGGAUUAACCAAAUUCGAAGCUACACCCUUGUCGAACCUCUUAAGAUUCUUUAUCCGACUGGCGAAGGCUCAAGCGGUGCCAUACGCCGGAACUUGAUGCUUCUCGCGUCUGUCGACUUGAUUAUGUUCAGCGUUGCUAUGGGCGCGAUGACUAUCGUCGUCUACUACACCAACAUUGAAUUCGGAUGGGGGAACCUCGAAACCAGCAAAUUUGUCUCGAUCGUUAACAGUUGUAGGGUUAUCUCUCUGAUAGUCCUCUUACCCAUCGUCACACGUCUUGUGCGCGGAUCCACUGGGACGUCCAAGCAACGCAACACUGGCUCAGACAAAUUCGAUCUUUACGUCAUCCGUGUUGCUGUGCUAUUUGACAUGGCAGGGUUCCUGGGCUAUACUCUCGCUCGAAGUGGCGGCGCCUUCAUCUUGUCAGGUGCCCUAGCUUCUGCAGGUGGCAUUGGCUCUCCUACUCUCGGCUCGGCUCUCACAAAACACGUUCCUCCAGACCGCACCGGCCAGCUGUUGGGAGCCGUGGGCCUUUUGCAUGCCUUGGGUCGUAUUCUUGGGCCCGUUAUCUUCAAUGCAAUCUACGGUGCGACGGUCGGUAAGUUCAGGCAGACGGUCUUCAUCUGCCUAACUGCGACCUUUGGAUUGGCUUUCAUUUGUAGUUUGUUCAUUAGACCCCAUGUUUAUCUCGACGAGCCCGAGUUCCCCGCUUCUGCACCAACCGCAGAUGAAAGCGAGGAAGAAAGCGUUCCUCAUUAAUGGAUUAGAAGUUGGGUGACGGCUCUCGUCCCCUUUUUGGUUGUCGUUUCACGGGCAUUCGGGCGCAUAUUCAGCAUGACAUGCAUCUAUCACGAUUCUCACGAGUUUCUAAGACUAUAGACUGUACAUUUCACGGCCAAGUACCCAGGUUGGUCCGAACAUAUGGUCGUGCUCGGUCUAUACAUAGGCUUGGAAGUACUCCGUACCUAUGAUAUAAUGAUUGAGUCCCUAAGCGACGCGUAUAUUGACGCUCCUCCAUAGCAAGUCCGCAAGAAUGUAGAAACAUUUUCUCUAGCAAUAAGGGUGUGAUGUGAAGAUCUCCAAAUGGAAAGCUAGUCAGACAGUAGGAUUCUAGUGGCUAAAAAUACAUGCAGCUACCAAGCAAAAA